ACCACAUCUUCCGUGAUGCUUCGCGGUGCAAUGCCUGCCGUCUGUCAGCUCGCUUUGGCGCGCACCGGUAACCUGGCAGCGGCUGUUGGGGCCUCGCCGCCGUUGGAUGCUAUGGUGGCGCCGUAUCGGUGUGUGGAGUGCAACGAGGAGGCGAUGGAGCUACACAGGGAUUACAGCCACGGUAUCAUCAAGAUCACCAUUUGUAGAUCAUGCCAGAAACCAGUUGAUAAAUAUGUUGAAUAUGACCCAGUGAUUAUUCUCAUUGACGCGAUCUUGUGUAAAGUUCAAGCUUAUAGGCAUAUAAUCCUCAAUUCCAACAUUAAUAUUCACUGGAAACUGUGCAUUUUCUGUUUGUUAUGUGAAGCAUAUCUUAGGUGGUCACAGCUACAGGAUUCACAGCAAACAGUUGAUCCAAUCGAUAUAAUUCGUUAUGCCAAAGAAUGGGACUUCUAUCUGAUGUUUGGAUUGGCUAGUUUGGAGCUAACUGCAUUCCUGAGUGGGGUGUUUUUCUUCUUAUGCUUAACAAAGCAUGAUUUCAUCCAGAAAAAAUCAAAUCUCUACAUGCUGCUAAUAGCCAUAUUAUUAUCUGGUUACGGGAAACUUCUUGUGAUUCCAGUUAUAAUUUGGGAACAUGACGACUCACCUCUGUACAUUAACCUCAUCAAUUUCUUUGUUCUGGCAUCCAACGCACAAGCUGUCAGAGUUGUGUUGAAUAGUAGCAGGAGGUUUGCAUUGUCUGUCAUUACUGUUGGAUGGAUGGCAGAGCGCUUUACAGCCUACAUCUUUCAGCAUCUCGAAUGGAGUACGUAGAAGAUUCAGAACACUAGGCUGGAAUAAAAGCCCUGGUCAGUCUGAGAAAAGUUUUAUUCUUACUGCUGAUGCGCAUUGAACAGUGGAGACUGGUUAACAUCAGACAUGGAAAGCAGAAGGAAGUAAAUUUUUUAAAAAUGUUCAAUUUUGCAGAAGGAAGUUUGUAUUUAAAUUAAAUUAUCCAUCCAACUAUACCACUGUUGGAAAGAAUCACAUUCAGUAAUGUGUAGCAAUACUAUUUUUGUCUUGCACAAUGGGUUGAUCAAAUUCUAAAAUAUGUAGUAAUUUUAUAAAUUACUGGCCAAAUUUGUACUAAAAUAAAUACAUUAUUAGUUUGGCAAUCUAUUGUUUAAUUUUAACUAAUAAAAUGAUUUAAAUUUUGAA